UUAAUGCAUCUUUUGUUUCCUCUUGGGUUUCGGCGGGACGGGAGCAGCAUUGCAUGGAUUUCAGGGAAUAGGAGGACGGCGGAAGCGGCGAAAGUUGCGAUACACUGUUUCCGAAAUUGUAGGUUUCCAUUUGCUUUUGAUUCGUGGUAAAGCUGGUAAAUCACUGACGCAUUACUGAAAGUGUUAUGAGUGACAACUACUGUGAAUGACGCUUAGCGGCUGACUUUACUGAAGACAAAUUCAACACAACGUACUUGUCCAAUGUUUUAAAUUAUUUAAAGUGAAUGUAAAAAAACAAAGAAAACUAAAUUUACAAGAAACUGCAGUUUCAAUUUCUUUCGUUUUGUAAAGUAGUAAGUUGCGAAAGUAGAAAGAAUUGGCUGAAUUUAGUUCGAAAUUUGUUUGGGAAUCAAGUUAAUUUGGCAGAACAAAUCAUGGCUGAACAAAUACCAGAUUCAAAGAAGUUUAUACCAUUCUUCAAGGCAUUACCAGAGGUAAAUUUUGAUGUUCUUCCAAUUGUAAAAGAUUUAGAUCUUGCCCAAAAAAGUAAAGAAGCUUUGAAAACCUCUUCUACAAUUAGAUUUUUUAAUCGAGGUGAUUAUUAUACUGUUCAUGGAAGUGAUGCUAUCUUUGUAGCAAAAGAACUCUACAAGACCACAAGUUGUGUUAAAAUAUAUGGCUCUGAAAACAACACUCUUGAAUCACUGUCCUUAAGCAAAUCAAAUUUUGAGUCUUUUGUCCGUGAAUUGCUUUUGGUGAAACAAUAUCGAGUAGAAGUUUACGUAAACAAGGGAAGAGUUAAUGCUGACUGGGUAGCAGAGUUCAAGGGUUCUCCAGGUAAUUUGCAACAAUUUGAAGACAUUCUGUUCAGCAACAAUGAACAAAUGAACAGUACUGCUGUCAUUGCAGUAAAAAUUGGAGGUGAGGGGAAAAAUAAGGUUGUUGGUUUGGGGUAUGUAAGUGUGUCAGACAAACAACUGUCAGUUUGUGAAUUUCCUGAUGAUGAUCAUUUUACCAACUUGGAAGGUCUCCUGGUUCAACUGGGACCAAAAGAAUGCUUAUUACCAGCAAGUGAAUCCAGUCAGGAUUACAAUACCAUUAAAGAAGUAAUGGAAAAAUCUGGAGUGAUGGUGACACCCAGGAAAAAGAAUGAAUUUACCACUACAGACUUGGCUCUUGACCUCAAUAAACUUGUUCAUUUUCAAGAAGGUCAACAAGAUAAUGCGAUGGCAUUACCUGAAAUGUCCCUUCAAACUGCUAUGGCUGGAAUAGCUGCUAUUAUUAAAUAUUUAGAGGUCUGUGGAGAGAAAACAUAUGAAAAUGUAUUUUCUGUGAACACUUUGGAUUUGUCACGUUACGUCCACAUGGAUGCUGCUGCUGUCAAAGCUCUGAAUAUUUUUCCUCCCUCCUCCUCAACUCCUGCAGAUGCAAAUAACAGCAUUCUGGGAUUGUUAGACAAAUGUAGAACUCCUCAAGGCCGCAGAUUAUUAAUGCAGUGGAUAAAACAACCUUUGCGGGAUGUAAAUGCAAUUACAGAAAGACAUGAUGUUGUGGAAGUUCUCAUCAAUAAUCCUGAGACUUUCAAUAAUAUGUAUGAGAAACAUCUUUGUCAAGUUCCUGAUUUUCACAAUCUAUCUAGAAGAUUACUUCAUCGCAAAGCAACAUUACAAGAAUGUUAUCGAAUAUACCAAGCUGUAAGUACUUUACCUGAGAUGGUGACUACAUUGAAAGCUCCCCAAGUAUUAACUAAGCUUCAGGCCGUAUUUGUUGAACCUCUAGAAGAACUACUGGGAGACAUGGAAGGUUUUAAGAAGAUGAUUGAUUCUACAUUAGAUAUGGAAGAAGUUGAAAAGGGCAAUUACCUCAUAAAAUCUUCUUUUGACCCUGAUCUAGAAGAAUACCGAUCAACAAUGGACGCUGCUUUGAAAGACAUGGAGAACCAAGUUCCAAAAGUGGCAUCUGAUUUGGGGCUUGAAGCUGGCAAGUCGGUAAAGCUCGAAUCGAGCCCUCAUCUUGGAUAUUACUGUCGAAUUACCCUCAAGGAAGAAAAAAUUCUACGCAAUAAAAAGCAGUAUGAAAUAAUAGAUACAAGUAAAAGUGGUGUUCGGUUUCGCAAUGCUAAGAUGAGUCAUUUAAAUUCAACUUACCAAGAAGCAUGGUCCAAAUACAAUGAACAACAGAAGUCUGUAGUCACUGACCUCAUUGAUGUUGCAGAAUCUUUACAUAGUCUUGGAAAUGUCACAGCGCAAUUGGAUGUACUUACUAGCUUUGCUAAUGUGGCAAAAGCUUGUCCUCAGAAUCCAUACGUUAGGCCUGUGAUGCAUGAAAUGGGAUCAGGAGUGUUGUCAUUGAAACAAGUUCGACACCCAUGCAUUGAAUUAUCUGUUCAGUUCGUUGCUAAUGAUGUCUACUUUAAACAAGGUGAAUGCACAUUCAGCAUCAUCACUGGACCAAACAUGGGAGGCAAGAGUACAUAUAUACGAUCUGUAGGUGUGAUUGUCCUUUUAGCUCAAAUGGGCUGUUUUGUGCCUUGUGAAAGUGCAGAAAUUUCUGUUGUUGAUGGCAUUUUAGCUCGAGUAGGGGCUGAUGAUUGCCAAGUGAAGGGAAUGUCAACAUUUAUGAAAGAAAUGGUGGAGACAUCCAGCAUUCUAAGAACCGCAACAAAAAAUUCCCUGGUUAUCAUUGAUGAGCUUGGAAGAGGAACAUCCACUUAUGAAGGUUGUGGCAUUGCGUGGGCUAUUGCAGAGCAUUUGGCAAAAGAAGUGAAAGCAUUCUGCCUGUUUGCUACUCAUUUCCAUGAGCUUACACAUCUGGCUGAAGAAGUGUCAACCGUUCAGAAUUAUCAUGUUGAAGCAAUAAUUACAAAAGACAAGUUGGCUUUGACACAUGAUGUGAAACCUGGACCUAGUGAUGAGAGUUUUGGCAUCCAUGAUGCCAAAUCAAAACAGGCCGAGUUGGAAGAUUAUCAAGGAUUGAAUUUUGCUUCUGAUAGAGCCUCAAAAAGAACGAUAAUAAAGGAAGGAAAGGAGAUAAUGAAUCAAUUUCUUGAAAAAUGUAAAAAACUGGAUGUAGACAAAAUGAGUGAAUCAGAAGUGAUGCAAGAAAUAGAUAAGUACAAGGAAGAAGUAAAAGCAAAGAAUAAUCCUUACAUAGAAGCACUUUUCCUGCAACUUUCAUCGUAAUUUGUUUUCACAUUUGAAUGUGGUACAAAUGAACUGAAUGCCCUUCAAAAUGUUAAAUUUCAUAAGUGGAUAUGAACACUCAAGUAAGUUAUUUUAUUGCAUUCCUAUAUGAAUUACUGAAGAAGUUAAUAUUAAAAAAUUCAACAUUUGUGAUCAUUUUGACUGAAAUGCAUAGCAAAAUCAUGAAAAGAUUAUCUUUGUAUAAGAAUGUAUUGUAUAUAAGAAGUUGUACAUGGAAAAUACAUAUGUCAGCAUGUG